GUGGGCGCGAGAAUGUCAGGUAGCGGGUGCUCCGCGUCGGACCCCGCUCACCUCCCUCCACCUGCGGGCUUGAGACGGGGGGCGGGCCGGCCGGCGGGCCCCAGGCCCAGAAGUUGGAGGGGCUGUGGUGACUAUCCCCUCAGAAAUACGGGGCCGCGCGCGCGCGGAGCUCGGGGGUCAGGGCUCAAGUCGGGAUGGAGUCUGCGACCUGGGUGGCUGGAGGGACCCCAGUUUUCACCAGAGCCCUUAAGGGCCCGGGACCCCCACAGUGAGCAGCGUGCGCGGCCCAGCGGGCCCUGCGCUCAGUCCUUUCCAAGCAUCCUGCGUGCAGGCCGCGUUGCCGCCUCGUUUUCAGAGUCCCUUAGCUUAGCCGGGGCCUGAGCAAAGCGGGGUUGGUUCCCCGCUGCCGGCGUGGCGUGGCUGGCCCUGCAGCCGCAGAGGGCUUUCCCUGCCUCCCUGCACGUGAUUCUUUGUCUCUCCACACAGGCUGGACAAGGUCCUGUCCAGGGCCCGGCGGAGGAGCGAGCCGCCCCUCCCCCCAACGAUGGCGACCGCAUCCAGUGCGCUCCCUGCCUCGCCCCUGGGGCAGGACCUGGAGCAGGAGGAGAUCCUGAUUGUGAAGGUGGAGGAGGACUUCUCCUGGGAAGAGGAGCCCUCCCUGGAGACCCCAGACCCCAGCCCCGAGACCUUCCGCCAGCUCUUCCGGCUCUUCUGCUACCAGGAGGCCGCGGGGCCCCGCGACGCCCUGCGCCGGCUCUGGGAGCUCUGCUGCCGCUGGCUGCGGCCCGAGCUGCGCUCCAAGGAGCAGAUCCUGGAGCUGCUGGUGCUGGAACAGUUCCUGGCGGCGCUGCCGGGCGACAUCCAGGCCCGCGUGCGGGAGCAGCAGCCCGGGAGCGGUGAGGAGGCCGUGGUCCUGGUGGAGGGGCUGCAGCGGGAGCCCAGGAGGCGGAGGCCGCGGGACCCUGAGAUGCUUUCUGACGACACAGUGCCUCUUGGGCCAGGGGGACAAUGCUUCAAACACCAGGCAGAGGCUCGGCCAGAGGCGCCUGCCCCAGAGGAGGGGGCUGGUUCUCGCAGCCAUCAGCCCCCAGCUCAGCUGAGCCACAGACCUGAAGAGAGUCCCCUGCUGUGGCCAAAAAAGGGCCCCGCGGCACCCCGGGAUCAGGAAACGGUGUCUGCUUCAGCCUCCUCAGCCUCGGCUCUCCUUCCAGCCUGGUCCCAGCAGGUGCCUGGAACCUUGGAGGAUGUGGCUGCGUACCUGUCCCAGGACGAGCAGGGACGCCUGGACCCAGCUCGGCGUGACCACAGCUGGAACAUGCUGCCAGAGAGUGAGGGGCUUGCGAUCCAAGUGGAGGAUGGCCAUGACCCCCAGGAGAAGCCCGUGAGGACAGAGUGGUACCAUGUGCUCGCGGAGCGGUGCUGGGGCUCAGCUGGAACUGAGCGGCGGCAGGGCUGCCCCCUACCAGAAAGAGGGGGGCCCCGAGGACCCGACAAGCCGUUCGUGUGCCCCGAAUGCGGCAAAGCCUUUGGUAAAACGUCCCACUUGACCAAGCACCAGCGCACGCACACCGGGGAGCGGCCCUACAAGUGCCUGGUCUGCGGGAAGGGCUUCAGCGACCGCUCCAACUUCAGCACACACCAGCGGGUUCACACGGGUGAGAAGCCCUACCCGUGCCCAGAGUGUGGGAAGCGCUUCAGCCAGAGCUCCAGCCUGGUCAUCCACCGCAGGACGCACACGGGCGAGCGGCCCUACGUGUGUGCCCAGUGCGGGAAGAGCUUCAACAACAGCUCCCACUUCAGUGCCCACCGCAGGACGCACACGGGCGAGAAGCCCUACACGUGCUCCGCCUGCGGCAGGGGCUUCCGCCGAGGCACGGACCUCCACAAACACCAGCGGACGCACUCUGCGGACAGCUCUGCCCCCGGGCCCCCGGAGCCUCCGGGGGCCAAAGCCUGACGCCUAAGGAUGUGCUCCCCUCUGGGCACUUUUCGGAAGUUCUCAGCCAUGGGAUUCGUGAAGCUGCCAGGGUCACUUCUGUCCCUGAGCUGGAGCUGGAGCGUCUCCAGGCUGGCUGCCACUGCCGUGGGCAGCACAAGGAUGUGGUGGGGCGUCUUGGGUGCCUGAGGCAGGGAGGAAGCCUGGCCCUGAGCUCCAGAGCUGCGGUUAGGGCAGCAGGCACAGGGGCUCUGCCGGUGGGAACCUGCUCUCGCCCUUGAGGCCACGAGCCCAGGGCCAGGCGGAGCCCCACACAGCGCCCAUCGCCUGCCUGCCCAGCUUGCGGGGCUGGAGGCGCUGCCUGGCUGCGGCCUCUGCUCCCACCCCUGCCUCCGUCACCACGGCCCUCCCCUUGCCAUGCUGCCACUCUGCUUGUCCUACCGCUGCAAGGACGCCAGUCAUUGGAUUAGGAACCCUGCACCGCGGAGACCUCAUCGUAACUGAUUCUGUCUCAGAAGACCUUGCUCGCAGGCCACGUUCUGAGGUUCGGUGGCUGCGAGUCACGGGGGAGGACACGCUCAGCCCGCUCUGGGGAGGCCUUGGUGGCUGCCAGCAUUUCCCGACCCCUCCCCCACCCAGCCUUCCUGUUCAGAAAUAGCUCUGUCGGGCCAGUGCUGUGGUGCAGUGGAUUAAGCUUGUGGCACAGGAUCCCAGGUGGGCGCUGGUUCGUGUCCUGGCUGCUCCUCUUCUGAUCCAGCUCUCUGCUAAUGACUGGGAAAGUGGAAGACGGCCCAAGUGCUUGGGCCCCUGCACCCAGGUGGGAGACCUGAAGAAGCUCCUGGCUCCUGGCUUCAGACUGACCUAGCUCUGGCCAUUGUGGCCAAAUGGGAAGUGAACCAGUGGAUGGAAGACCUCUCUCUGUGACUUUGCCUCUCAAGUAAAAAAAAUAAAUAUUUAAAAGUAACCUUGCAGAGGUGCGGCUUUUCCAGGACUGCAGCAGUGUUAAUCAGCCAGCUUCCCCAGGAUCUUGUCUUCCCACUCACCCUUGCUGUCGAGGGGGCCUCGGAAUCUGGCACUUGCCACAGGCCCUCAGUGGUUCUUUUCAGCGUGUGGCUUUCUCUGGUUGCCACACUUCGUCUGAGGCGAGGACUCCACCUUCAGGCUUCCGCCUGGCCUGUCCACAGUCCAUCAGGUAGGUGGCUGGGGGGCAGCACAGAGUUGUUGGUGGGUUUAGUCGUCACUGAAGUCGCAGGCCAGCUGCUACCGGUUCAAGAACAUCACAUCCAGGCCAUGUCGCCUGGGCCUUCGUAGCAGCCUGUGACACUCCGUUCCAUUGCCACCCAGGCUCCGUUUGCCUAAUAAACAGUGUCACUCCUGA